UCAUUAUAAGGAUAACAGAAGAUGAAAAGUGGUGGGUUGGCUACAAUGACAGUGGAAUGGCUGGUGAAAAUGACGUUUGUUUCGUGACAGAAGACGGACAGACGAUACAAUCAAUAAUUAUACCAAAAUCCUGCUCGAUUGAACAAUUUUUUGAUAUUUUGGUCGAGACGAAGCAUCUAGAUUCGCCAUCCAGAAUACGUUUGUUCGAUUACAACGGAGAUCUGAUUUAUCCUAGUCUACUAAAGCUGCCAAUUAAUUCUUUGGAUACUGUUUACUUUCUUCAAAUACUUCCAGAAACAGCGUCCGAUAGCUGUUAUACUUGUUCAGAUGACGUGAAAAUGGAUCUAGUCGCGCUGGAAAGCAGAAUCAGCGAAAUCGAAGAAAUGAUACACAAUGAGUCUCCCGUGAACCGCGACUAUCUGCAGAAUUUGAAACGAGACUUCGAGAAAUUUCGUUCGAAACUGGAGAAUGGAAAUUUUGUGAAAAGAAUAAAUGCAAGCAAUGAAAUAUCACCAGCCCAUCGUAAACUGAAAUAUCGCAGACUGAGCGAUGCCCGUCAAAAAGAAGUACGAGAGAAAUUCUUAAAAUUGUGUAACGAAAGCCUAUCGACGGAAGUAUUAAAAUGCUUAAGACUGCCAUCAUUCGAUUGCACCGAGUGUAGCGACGAGGAGAUACUUAGGUUGUUAUAUUUUAUGUAUACGGAUUUCGAUCUAAUAAACACAUUCCGCAUAAACACCGGCAAACUGCAGUGUUUCCUAUUCCAAGUGUAUAAAAAUUACAACGAAGUACCAUUCCAUAAUUUUAGGCACAGUUUCUGCGUCACUCAAAUGAUGUACGCGAUGAUACUGAAAAUAGACUUGCUGAAACAUUUCACCGUGCUUGACAUUCUAGUCUUAAUUACUUCAUGCAUUUGUCACGAUUUGGAUCAUCCGGGAUAUAAUAAUAUUUAUCAGGUUAACGCUCGCACCGAAUUAGCUAUACGAUACAAUGACAUAUCGCCUUUAGAGAACCACCAUUGUUCGAUGGCCUUCCGCAUAUUGGAUUUACCGGAAUGUAAUAUUUUCGAAAAUUUAGCCCCGGCUGAUUAUCGCUACACUCGCGAGAGUAUAAUUAGAUGCAUUUUAGCUACGGAUAUGGCUCGACAUAACGAAAUCCUCAUGAAUUUUAGAGAAGCUCUGGACGAAGGAUUCGAUUUUAGUAAAAAAGCCCAUAAGAAUUUGUUAUUGAUGGUGUUGAUCAAAGUGGCCGAUAUUUCUAACGAAGCUCGACCAAUGAAUGUUGCCGAACCUUGGUUGGAUAAAUUGUUCAAAGAAUUUUUCAGCCAAAGCGACAAAGAGAAAGAAGAAGGGCUACCAGUGACGCCAUUCAUGGAUCGAGAAAAAAUCACCAAACCAUCGUCGCAAUGUAGCUUCAUCGGUAUUGUGCUACUGCCAUUAUUCGAAGCGCUCGUCGAUCUAUUUCCCGUAUUAGUACCUAUGAUCCUUCAGCCUGUUCAAGACGCCCUGGACUAUUACCGCAAACUAAACGAAGCAGUCAAAGACGAACAAAGACAACAACGUAAAUCUGUAGUUACCUUAGAUGCGACGACUGCAUCCUCCACAGUUACCAGUCCUAGUUCCCCGUGUAUUGCUUCCUCUAUUCAAGCUCAGCUAGAACAACGAGCCAAUAUUAUUCAACAAGUAUGGGUUUUACCACGCUAUAAUACAACAUGGAAAUCCGAAGACGUGUCUAUUUUCUCGGAAGAAGGUACCCAAAGUAUGGACGAGUUUACCGACGAGGAAGAAGAAACAGUUACCGAAGUGGCCGUGUCGGAGAAGACGUUGAAAUUUAAAAUAUCCACUGAAAGUUCUGGUGUCCGCAGUCAUCCAGGAAGUCGAAAAGGCAGCCGAGAGAAAACCCAAGAUAUGGAUUUUUCACGAGUAUGCCGCUACGAAAGAUCAAAUCGUACUAGCGAUAGCGGGGCUGAUAAAAGAAGUUGGUCAUCCAGUGAGAAUACCAGUAGUUACGAGGAUCGACGCUCAACCAACGCUAUACCCGAAGGUUCCAGCGAGCUGCAUAACGCCCUUAAUGACAAACUAAGAAAAUUCAACAAAGAAACCGAUCAAAAACCGCAAACCAGUUCGACUCGCAGUCCGGAUUUAAAACGAUUGAUGAAUCGCGUCGUCAGAGACUUUCGUGGUACCAAAAAUAAAGUAGCUAAUGGAGUGAAAAAUGCUGACGAUUCAUCUUCCAAAGGUGAAAAUAAAACUCCUCCUAAUCCAAAUAGACCUCAACAUAAAGAACCCAAGUCUCCUAGUUGGAUGGCAACCCUAUUGCAGAAUAUUAAACUUCGAGGUGCAUCACAUGACCCUGAUUCGACUCAGAAUUCUUAAUCUUCCGCGUAUUUUUUUUUUAUGUUCGCCCUUUUCCCUUCACUAGUCCCUAAUUUGAUUUUAUUCUUCCUUCGAACCCUUAAGAGGGUAAUGAUCGCGUAUUUUUCUUGGACGCUUAAAGCGUUAUUAUUUUACACUAUACACGUAACUUUGUUCUCUUUUUCGCUUAUCAUUUUUUUUUUUUUUAGAUUUAUAUGUAUAAGUGUCGCGUGUUUUUAAAUGUAAUGUAACAUAGAAUUAAUUUUGUACAUAUCUAAUUUCUUCAUUAUUUAUACCAUUGAUUGAUGUUACGCUAUAGUUUUGUAGGUUUUAACUGUCAUAUAUCUUCUCUCUCUCUCUCGCUCCUCUAUCCCUCUAUAUCUCUAUCUCUCUUCUCCCCCUCCUUGAUAUUUAACUUCUCUGUAUAUAAGUACUUUUUUUAUCUUUCAUGAAGACUGUUUUAUUUUUAAAAUAUAAAAAAUACUCGUAACGA